GAGGAACGGAACACAAUUCACAUCAACAGAAACUGAGUUAUUUGUAUUUAUAGCCUCGUGAGCUUCCAGUGCACAGUUUAAUUCACAGAGCUGGACCAUUGUGAUUGACCUGCGCGAUAUGAGGAGUUUGGACACAGUAACAAAUUCAUGUUCAGUGAAGCUCCUCCCACAACAAUUACAUCAUCGGUGAAGCUCCUCCCACAGCAAUCACAAAUUCAGCAAUUCACCAAUAAAUGCUGGAAUAUUCCCAUCAGUUUACAAGUGAAGACCAGCAUCAGAGCAUCAGGAAGAGCUGAAAUCUGCAAAGACUGAGUUUAUUAAAGAGGACAGAGAGAAGAUGAAAGAUCCAGAACACACUGAAGAUACUGAACAACAAACAGAGUUGAUUGAGGAAAAUGAGAAUGAAGAAUUGAGUGAAGCUGAGGAGAAAAAUCAUUUCAAAACUGGAGAAAAACAUUUGAGAUUUUCUCAAACAAAACAGAAAGUUUCAAAGAAAAGAAGAGCCAAGAAAUCUUUCACCUGCACUCAGUGUGGAAAGAGUUUCACACGCGGAUGUCUUCUUGGGCGACACAUGACAGUUCACACUGGAGAGAAACCGUUCACUUGUGAUCAGUGUGGAAAGAGUUUUACACGAUCAUCAACCCUUAAGGAGCACAUGAACAUCCACACUGAAGAGAAACUGUACUCAUGUGAUCAGUGCGGCAAAACGUUUUUGUGGUUAUCAAACCUGACAACACACCUGAAACGUCAUGCAAAGGAGAAGCCACAUUCAUGUCAUUUGUGUGGAAAGAGCUUUUCAUUACUACAAAGUUUGAAAGUACAUCAGAAAAUACAUACUGGUGUGAGAGAGUACAUGUGCUUUGAGUGUGAAAAGACUUUUACAUCUGCAACCUGUUUAAAACAGCAUGAGAGGAUUCACACUGGAGAGAAACCAUACGCAUGUGGUCAGUGCGGGAAGAGUUUCUCACAAAACGGAACCCUUAUGUUACACAUGAGAGUUCAUACUGGAGAGAAGCCAUUUAUUUGUGAUCAGUGCGGAAGAGUUUCACACAAUCAGCAAAACUUAAUGAACACAUGAACAUCCACACUAGAGAGAAACUGUAUGCAUGUGAUCAAUGUGACAAAGGGCUUCAGUCCUGAAGAAACACCUGAGAGUUCAUACAAAGGUGAAGCCACAUUCAUGUUA